AUGUCCGCCGGAGACACCCCCGUCUCGCUCUUCCUGCAGGCGUGCAACCAGGAGGGCGUCAAGACACCCAAUCCGAAGCUGGUAGAGUUCUUUCAGAGCCACGAAACCUUCGACAGCAUCCUUGAGAUCGACCUCAGCAACAACUACAUCGGCAACCGCGGCCUGCUGGCAGUGCUGGGCGUCAUUGAGCAUCUGAGCUGCUUCCGCUGCCUCAACGCCAUGGACCAGAAGCUGUACAACUCAGACUUCAGCGAGGAGGCUGUCAAGGGCAAUGCCGUGAUUGACCGCAUCGUGGAAGUGUUCAAGGUGCACCCCACCGCCAACUCGCUCAACCUCAGCAACAACCCCAUCUCCAACUACGCGGGACGCAAGCUGCUCUCCCUUGCGCAGGUGAACCGCCGCAUGUGCCUCAUCGAGGUGAGCGACACCCGCAUAGACUUUGAUCUUCGCAACAAGAUUGCGAAGCAGUGCGAGGAGAACACCCGCAACAUGUGGGACGCCGAACAGGAUGAGAACGCGAAUUCGUGUGCGGUCUUCGGCGAGAACCUGGAGUGGGUGCCGACCCAGGCCACGGCGGACCUGACGUCGCUCGGCGCCGGCCGCGCUCGUCGCCAGACAGUACGAGUCGAGGGCAUUGACCCUGAGGCGGCCAAGAACUACGUGCCCCCGGUGCAUGAAAAGUCGCAGGAAGACACGGAUAUGAUUUGCAAGCUGCUGAGCCACAACGUGCUCUUCGGCUUCCUCGGCAGCAAGGACAUCCUAACUGUGGCGGGCGCGAUGUACCGCGAGGAGUUCGUGAAGGACGAGCGCAUCAUCGAGUUUGGUCAGACCCACUGCGACAAGCUCUACGUUAUUCAGAGCGGCGAGGCAGAUGUUAUAAAAGAGGGCCAAAAAGUGUUCGUCAAGACGGAGGGCACGGCGGUGGGCGAGCUGGAGCUGCUGUACGACACGCCUGCCGUAGCAACCGUGAAGGUGUCCACGGAGGUGCUGGUGGCGUGGGUGCUGGACCGCGAAACGUACCGCAACCUCGUCAUGGGCUCCUGCAUCCGCCGCCGUGAAACGUACAUGUCGAUGUUGGCCAAGGUUCCCUUCCUGCAGAGCCUCGACGCCUACGAGCGCAUGCAGAUCGCAGAUGCCCUCACGAGCGACGAGUUCGCUGCCGGCGACUACAUCAUCCACUACGACGAGGAGGGCGAGUGGCUGUACAUCAUUAUCGAAGGCACCGUGGAGGUCAUCGGUCGCGACGCGGCCGGCAACAAGACGAAAGUGUGUGAGUUCCACAGCGGUGACCACAUUGGCGAGCUGGAGUUCCUCAAUAAGCACCGCACUGUUGCGGACAUCGUGGCCGUCACGGGCGUCACGACGGCGAAGCUGAACCGCCGGCAUUUCGAGAUGUGCAUGGGCCCCGUCAUGGACGUGUUGAAGCGGAAUAGCACCUCUGCCAAGUACGACUACUACCAGCAAGUGCUCCAGCAGCAACAGCAGGGUGCCCCGGCGGCGGUCCAGUAA